CAAGACGCGCACGUUACGAGGCGCGCGCAUGCGCAGUGCCACCCAAGCCGCCAAGGGGCCAACAUGGAGAGAAAAGUUCUGGCACUUCAGGCGAGGAAGAAAAGGGUCAAAGCCAAGAAGUCGACCAAAAAGCCAGCACAUCCUCCACGCGGGGCAACUCAACAGGAGCCCCCUACAGAGACCCAGAUACAAGAGCCCGACGAGGAGAUCCUCGGCUCUGAUGAUGAGGAGCAAGAAGAUCCUAAUGACUACUGUAAAGGAGGCUAUCACCAUGUCAAAAUAGGGGACCUGUUUAAUGGUAAAUACCAUGUCAUCCGGAAACUGGGAUGGGGGCAUUUCUCCACUGUGUGGCUGGCUUGGGACAUCCAAGGGAAAAGGUUCGUCGCUAUGAAGGUGGUUAAGAGCGCAGAACAUUACACUGAAACCGCUCUGGAUGAAAUAAAGCUGCUGAGAUCUGUCAGAAAUACAGACCCAGAUGAUCCGAACAGAGAGAUGGUUGUGCAGAUGCUGGAUGACUUUAAGAUCUCAGGGGUCAAUGGAACUCACGUUUGCAUGGUGUUCGAGGUGUUGGGUCACCAUUUGCUUAAAUGGAUUAUUAAGUCUAACUAUCAAGGCUUACCUCUGCCCUGCGUCAAGAGCAUCAUUCACCAGGUUCUGCAAGGUCUGGAUUACCUGCACACCAAGUGUCAAAUCAUCCACACAGACAUUAAGCCAGAGAACAUUCUCAUGAGCGUUGAGGAGCUGUAUAUCAGGCGACUGGCUGCAGAGGCCACUGAAUGGCAGAAAGCAGGCGCUCCCCCUCCCUCUGGGUCGGCAGUGAGCACUGCCCCAGCACCUAAACAGCUGCCAAAAAUGUCUAAAAACAAGAAAAAGAAGCUAAAAAAGAAGCAGAAGCGUCAGGCGGAGCUACUGGAGAAAUGCAUUAUGGACUUAGAAGAGAUGGAGGUUGGACCUGAAGGUGAAGAGGAAGAUGACCCUGAGUCCCCUCAUUCCCCAUCCUGCCACCUACUCAGAGAAGCUUCACUUCAGGACAUCGCUGCUGAAGACAUAAUCACAGACACCAGAGAGAGACUAACCUCAGAUGAUUCAAUGGAGCUCAACUGUAAUGGAUUUACCCGUAAACAAGACACCCUACUGCACACAAGACACCCCACAGACGCAGAGGACGCAGAUCAAAGCAUGUAUGAGUACUGUAAUGGGGCGGAGUCCCCAGAAAUGGACCAGGCCGGCUACAGUAACGGCACAUCAGGCCAAGAGCAGUUGGAGGAGGAAGAGCUGCACCCCGGGGAGCAAGAACAGCAGAAGUCUAGAACCAGAGCAAGGGAACAGAACAAGGAGAAGCUGAAGAACGACAAGUUGUCCUCUGGAAGCCUAUUGGUCAAUCCAUUAGAGCCCCUCAAUGCUGAUAAGAUUAAGGUCAAGAUUGCAGACCUGGGCAACGCCUGCUGGGUGCACAAGCACUUUACAGAAGACAUACAGACCCGACAGUACCGCUCUCUGGAGGUGCUGCUUGGCUCAGGAUACAGCACACCAGCCGAUAUAUGGAGCACAGCCUGCAUGGCGUUUGAGUUGGCCACUGGUGAUUAUUUGUUUGAGCCUCACUCUGGUGAAGAUUACUCCAGAGAUGAAGACCACCUUGCUUUGAUUAUUGAGCUUUUGGGGCAGAUUCCCUGUCACUUUGCUCUGAGCGGGAAAUUCUCACAGGAAUACUUCAGCGGGCAAGACCACAUUGCUUUGAUCAUUGAACUGUUGGGGGUCGUCCCACGCAAACUCAUGUUGACCGGAAAAUAUUCCAAGGACUUUUUCACCAAGAAAGGUGACCUGAAGCACAUUACUAAAUUGAAGCCGUGGGGUUUGCUGGAGGUACUGAUGGAUAAAUACGAGUGGCCUCAGGAAGAGGCUGAGACCUUCAGCGAUUUCUUACUUCCAAUGCUAGAUCUCCUGCCAGAGAAAAGAGCCACGGCUGCCGAAUGUUUGCGACACCCUUGGCUCGCCCUCUAGUGGCUUCUCAACGCCACUGCACAUACUUCAGGCUAUCUCUCCGUAAACUCAAGAGACUGCAACAGAUCACUUUCCAAUUUUUAUGGUAUAUCAGAGUAGUUAUUUUUCUGUUCAUCUGAGUGUUUUCGUACGCUUGGCUCACCAGAAGAAUCUGUCUGUUUUGUUCUAAAUGUCGCUUUUUCAGAGUUGAGACGUGCCGUCUGUGAUCUUUACACUGUCCCUCUUAUUUUGGCAAAAGAUGAAACCCAUUUAGAGGAUUUUUGUAAAACAUUAGGAUGAAACCUUCCAAGUUAUGUGCAAUGCAAACCUGAGAUAAAGUGGGACUUCAGUGCAAUGCACAAUAAAUUGUUACUAAGGCGGGAAGGAUUGUGGGGUAUGGAAAGGGAAUUGGUAGGUUACGUUAUGACUGUAGAGUAUAACUUAAGAUUCUGUUUUACGUCGAUUCAUUACACCUCUGUGUUUUCGUUCUCUUUUUCUAAACUAUACAAGUGUCUCUUUGUGUGUGUGUGUGUGUGUGUGUGUAUGUAUUAGUUAAGUAGGUUUUGAUCUUGUUUGUCGCAGAUUAGAUUUUAAAGUCUUCUCACUUAUGGGUCAGUACGUAAAUGUGUACAAGAAGCUUCCACUCAGUGAGCAACCGUUAAGGGCCACCAAAAUGGGAUUUUUGGAGGAAAAAACGAAACAAAAUGAUAGUAUGAGUGUGUUGUUGUGUAUUUGCUUGUGUGCGCGCAUGUGCAUGUGAGUGUGUCUGUAUAUAUGUGUACCAAAGAGUUUGCCUUGAUCUGUAUAUUACAGCCAUGUACAGUUUUUAAAAGAAAUCCUACUAUUGCAUCUAAGCUAAGAUUAUUUAGCUGGAUAGAAGUGUUUUAAUAAAGCAUUUGGAAGAUGA